GCGGCUUCGCCCUCCGCGCUCUGCUGUCCCUCGCGGCGGCCCGUCGGGCCGGGUCACGUGGCUCACCUGGCCCAGGUGAGGCGGGGCCGGACGCCGUUCCCUGGCUCGCAGGAAAUCCUGUCCUCUGAACAAUGAAGAUCUUAGAUCCCGGCUAACUCUUAGACGCGCAAACUGUGAAUCCCUCCUCGCUCUUCUGAAGCAGAUGCUGAAGUUCUUUAGAAGGAUCUUUUCUAAACAGAGAAGAGCUUCUAAAGAGAGAAGGCUCCCAACGAUCUUGUGCCUGAGUGGUGAGCCAUGCUGGGCCGGAAAACAGGAGUCCCCCACAACCUGAACAGCCACCGCCAGCUGAACCAGUCCUACCAGGAGGCUGUGCCCCUGCGGACCAGACCAUCCAAGGAGACAGAUGUCAGUCUGGAGGUGCUCAGUGGCUCUACGCCUGAAAUCAAACAGAGCUGCGCCAGAGCCCAGCAGAUGCGGGACAGGAAAGGUCGCAAAGCUGACCUCAAAGACUCUAACGGGAGAGAGGCAGAAACAAUUACUUUUAUUUCUGGUACAGCAGAGGCUCCCCCAAAUCAGAGCUUCUGCUGUUCCUCUCUGUCUCAGGCCUGGAACACGUACAAGGCUGUUUUGUGUUGUAUAGUGACCUGUGGGGGCUGCUUUCAGGACUGCAGUAUCCCCUAUCCGGGGCCCACCGAGACCUCCACUGAUGAUGUAAAGAGCGGAGAUUAUAAUGGGCGACUGCCAAACAGCCCCGCCAACGUCUCUCCCACUGAGAAGAACGGGAACCAGAUCAAAAAGAGCAGCAUGGGUAGCAGUUUCAGUUACCCGGAUGUGAAACUGAAGGGCAUUCCUGUCUAUCAAAACAGGAGCCCCAGCCACCACCUGGAAUCGGAUUCAUGCUGCAAAGAGCUGCUGCCAGAGAAGUCCUUCAGGAACAGCAUAGAAAAGCCACCACCCCCCAGCAGCCACCGGAGUUCAGAGGAGUAUUAUUCCUUCCACGAGUCCGACCUGGACAUCAGCGAGCUGAACGGCUCCAUGUCCAGCAGGCAGAUCGACGUCCUGAUCUUCAAGAAACUGACGGAGCUCUUCAGCGUCCACCAGAUCGACGAGUUGGCCAAGUGCACGUCAGACACUGUCUUCCUGGAGAAGACCAACAAGAUCUCGGACCUCAUCAAUAGCAUUACUCAGGACUACAAUCUGGAUGAGCAGGAUGCUGAAUGCAGGCUGGUCCGAGGCAUCAUACGCAUCAGCACCCGGAAAAGCAGGGUCCGGCCCCAUAUUUCCAUCCCAGCCAGCCAGAGCCACGAGGAGAAGUCCAGCAGAGGCAACGCGCCAGACAGCGGUAAUGAAACAAUGCUAGAGUCCAUGGUCAUCAGCCAAGACGAUUUGGCUGUGCAAAUAUCAGAAGAAACACCAGCAGAUGUGAUAGCCAGGAACAUGAGGCGGCACAGCAGCGCAGGCUCUCCAACAAGCAGAGAUUCCUCUUUCCAAGACAUAGAGACUGACUCAUCUGGGGCACCUCUGCUUCAGGUGUAUUGUUAAGGAAAAGGACCCAAGCAGCAGGCAGGCAUUCCAAGGCUUUGCUGCAACCAGAUUUCUCCUCUUUCAAUAUGGAGUGUGCUAUGCCACUUUUUUUCCCCCAGGCUACCCUGAUCCUUUGUUGAAGCCAAAUUUCUCCUCCUGUCUGAAUUUCACUGGAUAUAUAUAUUUUUUUGGACAAUAUAGAACAUCAAGGAAGUGAACUGUGGAGCUAAUGAACUUGGCAGGUGGAUUGUGUGCCCAGGGAGGAGAAGAUGGACAAGGAAGUAUCUGAUAACUUGUGCUUCUGUGAUUUCCAUACUUCCCUUUAGCUUUGAGAGCCUCAGUGGCCCAGCCCUUCCCCUGCUUCGAGGGGCUGUUUUACAGUUCUUGCUUUCUGGCAUUGUGUAAGUUAACUUGGGUAGGGAAUAACUGGAUGGUGUCCCUGCUGAGAUGCUGAGGUGAAGGCCAAGCAUGGGCUCUCUAAAGACCCAAAUCUCUGUUUAAAGUGGCUGGGUUGGCCCCAGAAACGUAAGUCUUCUACCCAUAGUGUUUGUAGUAGCCAGAUCUGCCGCCUUCCUGCUGGCCCUUAGUGGUGUCAUCUGGUGCCUUGUGAGGAGAAGGUUCAGGUAACAUGGUUCGGUUAACCUUUGGCCUCUUGGCUUGUCUCCUGAGCUAGUGCCAACUGCAGAGGGGUGGGAUGCCUGGGGAUGCCCCGCUCUCAUCUCCCAGCGGACCAUGGGGACCAGCUUUGCCGUCACUGCCAGUCUGAUGUGGACUGCGGGCGGGACGUGUUACCAAGUGCAUGCACUGACCUGUGACUUGCAUGCCAGUCAGCUCUUCCUCACUCACCUGCCAAGCCCUCUGCAUUUCCCCGUCACGCUUGGUGUCUCACUGACUGCUGGGCAAGCCUUGAACUCGGGUUAUGGCAGGUGAUUGAAAUAGUCAGUUCAUUUUUAAGUUUUUUGUAAUUAAGAGUUGGGCCGUUUGACUGUUCUGCUAGAAACUUCCUUAAAAGUGGCUUGCUUUGAAAGGAAAGCCUUCCCUGAGAGGGUCUGUGGGGAACUGCUUGGUCCUGCCCUUCCCCUGGGGACACGCAGCACCUCGUCCUUCCCUUUGCUCCUCUCUAACAGCCAGUGAGGAGGAGCAGGAGAGGUGGGAUGGCUACCCCAGGGGCGCGGGGCCAGGCGACCUUGAGGGCUGCGGCAUUGCAGCAGAAGGAAGCUGUAUCUUGCUGGUGUUGCCACUUGGUUAUUUAUCAUAAAGGAAAUGCAUGAGGCCACGGGACUUGUUUAUACAUUCAAGUGCCCUUGGACAUGAAUAGAAAACGCUUAGUUGAAUUUACCGGCCAUAGAGUAAACACACCCACUGUUUUUUGGGGAGAGAGAAACCAAAAUAGGCUCCGUGCUUUGGUGUGGACCAUGUUUUUGUGCCUUAAUUGAAUCGAAAUGUGCCUUUAUUUCACAGCCUGUGAUUACUCUUCAAAAGGUUGGGUAGGGGGGGAAAGGAUUUAAUUCCUCACAUGAACAGUCAGGUUUAUUUAAGUGGCCAAAGCCCUUUGAAAUGUACGGUUCGAGUCCCUGUUAGAGCCUGUUUUUUGUAAACUGCUCACAUUUCAGAGCGUGCUUUUAUAAAUCACAGACAUUACUGAGACCACACCUUGAGACACUGACGAAGAGAGAUUUUGAAAAUAAAGGGGAGAGACUGAGCCUUGGAUUUGGCUUCCCCUCCCUGCUUUGUUUUUAAAGCUGUUGGUUUGUGAAAAGCCCUGUUUAUGCCAGGAAGAGACCUGAAGCAAGGCCAGCCUGGGACUCCCAGAGAAGCUGCGUUUCGUCACCUCCUUCUGAACACCACAGGUACUGAUGGACCCAUUUGGUUUCCUGCUUCUGAAGGGAUUUGUACAUACGUCUUUGGACAAGUUUACUUAAACCUGUGCACUGAGGCGUCGGCAUGGGCGCGCUGACGCGGAGCUCUGUGGUCUGUGCGCUGGAGCUUUGGAGGCAAGGGGUGAGGAUGGACUUGCAAAGAGCUGCCGAUCGCUAUUACAGAUGCAAUCGCACAUUUUAGUCUGUGUACGAAGAUGAACGUGUAUGGAUUAAGCUUGCUAAAAAAAACCCAAAAAAACCCCAAAAAAACUCUUUAAGAGGAAGACUGUCCACACCAUGGUCCCUGAAGCUGGUGCACCUGUGGUGUCUUAUGGGAUUCUUUUGCACUCCUUGGCCUUAAAUGUCUGAUUUGGUCUUUUUUUUAUAAAGCAAAAGAUGUUCUCUUUA